GUUCCGCCUCCAAGCUUGACGUAACCUCCUGCUCGGGACUCCCAGGAUGCAGCGCGCGGGCGGGAGUUUUGGAUCCGCGAGACGCUGCUCCUGCGCGGACCCUCGGGAACUUGGUGGUUGCCAGACGCAGGGCCACGGCCGUGGAGGUUUAAAAGCUUCAGCUGAAAUCAAUUUGCAUUAGAAAAUUGGACCAGCAUAAACGUUUGAUAUUGUGGAAUACCUAGCAAACAAGCAAUGUCAUCUUAUGAAGAAGAAAAGCUCUUGUGUUAUAAUGGAGAAGUCCUUGUUUUUCAAUUGUCUGAAGAAAAUUUUGCACAUGAAAGGCUUGCAAAAAUACCCAUAUUACGUGUCAGAAGAAUGGUAUUUGACAAAGGAACAAGAGCAUUUGUUCAGAAGUCCACUGGAUUCUUCAUCAUAAAGGAAGAAAACUCUAAUUUAAAAAUUAUGUGUUGCGAAUGUGUGUCAGAUUUCAGAACUGACAUUUGCCUCCCUUGUAUUUUGAUACAGUGCAAUAAAAAGAAUAACAUUUUCAAAUAUAUUCUACUAUUUCUGCACAAUACCAAUGAAUUUGAAAAACGUUUGAGUUUUAGGCUAGGCCAUGAGUUGGAGGACACCAUAAGGGUCCUUAAUGGCCCUCUACUUUUAUGGAGAUAUGCCAAAACAUUCUUCUAUAUCUCUUCCCAGACCCGCAAAAUUAUUACUGUGUCUGUUAACUUUUCCUCUAUUGAGUGGACAGGGGAGAUUGAAAAUAUAGGUAUGGUUUUAUUAGGACCAAAGGAACGUUUUUCUUCUGAAGAAGGAUGUACCCAAAAGUCUUCAAAAUCAGAUUAUGCAAUUCAGAAUACCAAAUUUUGUGUAUACUCCCUUGAAAGUGAAGAAGUAAUAAGUGAUAAAUACAUUAUCCCUCUUGCUUAUAGCAGCAUGGUAACGUGUGUGCAUAUCUGUGAUGCUGAGAUUGUCAACAACCAGUUAAAAAUGUCUCUGAUUGCCCUAACUCGAAAGAAUCAGCUGAUUUCAUUCCAAAAUGGGAUGCCUAACCGUGUCUGCCAGCUUCCAUUUGGAGAUCCUUGUGCAGUUCAACUUAGGGAAUCAGGUGGAGGAGACCUUUUCAUUGUAUCCUUUAGAUCCAAUGAUGUUUGUGCUGUUUGGGAAAAGAACUUUCAGGUUGCUGCCAAGUGGGAAAAAGCUAGCUCAAUACUGAUAGAUGACUUUAUUGGAACUGGAACUGAACAAGUACUGCUUCUUUUUAAGGAUCCCUUGAAUUCAGAUUGCCUGAGUUCAUUUAAAAUAACAGAUCUUGGCAAUAUAGACUAUUCAAGUGAAACAUUGGAUUGCAGUGAUGAAGACUUAUUUGAAGGCAAAGAGAAUUGUUAUUUGAUGGUUCCACCUCUGGAAAGAAGAUUGAAAAUUGGUUUGGUUUCUAGUCAGGAAUUACAGCAGCAUCUCUUGCUUAAGGAAAAAAUUAUUGCAAAAUAUUGCAAAACUUUAAUAAACAUGGUUCAAGGGAAGGAUGAUAGUACAUCAAGUACAGAGGAGGGAUGUCUUGUUACUCUUUGUGGUAAAGAAGAAAAUCCUGUCUAUACCUUUGAUGGAAAGUCAUCAGACAAUUUUCAGAAUUCAGAAAAGCUAGUAGAGAAGCUGUGGUAUCGUGUAAUAGAAGAUAGCUUGGUUGUUGGAGUGAAAAGCACAUCUUCUUUGAAGCUGUCCCUGAAUCAUGUGACUUUAUUGCUGUUAAUGGAUCGGCCUCAUAACUCCAGCAUUCCGCUUAUUAAAUGUCAAAAUAGGGUGAUUAAGUUGAGUAGGGAUUCUUUUCCAGUACCACGCUCAGUGCCAUACAAAAUAAGAUCAGAGGCGAAAAGAAUCAAGUUGACCGUUGAUAGUAAGAAAGAAGAGGAUGAAGAAGAGGAAAGCACUGUUUGUGAACAACCACCUGAGAAAGAGUGUAUACAGAUAAUUACUGCUGUAACAUCUCUUUCACCACUUUUAGCAUUCAAUAAGUUCUGCUGUGUUGUGCUGCUACAAAUUAGGGAGAGAAAAAAUGAUAACUCUUCUGAAGAUCAUUAUAUUCAGUGUGGCAGGAUCUUUUUAAAUCUAGAAGAUCUUUCAAGUGGGAAAUACCUGCUGACAUUUCCAAAGAACAGACCUAUAGAACACAUGGAAGAUCUCUUUGCACUUCUCGCAGCAUUGCACAAAACUUGUUUUCAAAUCACAUCACCCAGCUGUUCUCUGACUCCAGUGAAGACAUGGCUCUUAGAAUGCAUGAAAUGUGAAGUAGUCAAAGAUUUUCCAGAAAUUUGCUUUUGCAAAAGGCCAGGAAGUUUCUAUGGGACACUCUUCAACUGGAAACAAAAAACACCAUUUGAAGGGAUUUUAAUAGUCUAUUCCAGGAAUCAAACAGUUUUGUUCCAGUGCCUUCAUAACCUCAUCAAAGCUCUCCCUACAAAGUGUUUCUUCAAAAAUCUGAAAUUAGGAAAUAAGGAUUGCCUGAUUGAUCAUUUGGCAUUAAGUUUGGAGAAGGAAUUGGUUACCCUUGGUUCUCUUUCUUCUGCCUCAGUUAAGGUUGAAAACAACCCAGUGCAGAGCUGUGAAGCAAGCAAAGAAAAAGGUAGUGGAGCUGUGGCAGCUUUAUCAGACACAAAGGAAAGCACCCAUCCAUACAGAGAAGAACUUCAGAGAGAAAAGCAAAUGUUGGGGAUGAACCUAACAGCCACAGCAACUGUGAGAGCAUACGUUGGUAUGGAGAAACCAUCAAAUCUAAGCAGUACGGAAAAUGGCUUCAGUACAUGGAGAACAGCAAUCCUGCCCAGUCUCCCAGAUCUGCAAAAGACUUUGUAUGAAACCCCGAGAAAUACAGCUUUCUUCCAGUAGCCAAGUGAGAGAGCCAGCUUGGAAGCUCCAGUCAAGCCUUCAGAUGACUGCAGCCUGAGCCACAGCAGCCUCCUGAGAAAUGCUGAGCCAGAAUCCCCAGCUAAGCUGCUUUCAAAUUCCUCAUCCACAGAAACUGUGUGGGAUAAUAAAUCUGAAGCUGUGGAAGUCUGCUGGGCUCAGAAGAUGAGGCUGUUGACACCCUUGGAGCAAUCCUCAAUCGAGGACAGAUGUGGCCCAGUGAAAAAAUCACCAGCCUCCUACCCUUUGGAUGGAUUAUUCUAAGCCAAGAUUUGAACUGGUCCACUGCUCUUCCUCCCUUAGCCUCCCAACCAUACUGGGCAGAUGUCUAGCAGGUGUUUUUGACAGCUUGAAGCAGCAGGCCUGCUGCUCUCAGGCUCUGCCUUUUCCAGCUGAGUUCGUGGGCACUGAUGACCUGUCCACUGAGUACUACCGCUCUUGCUUGGAGAUCUGAUGUGAAGUGGAUGGAGAGCUGCUCUUUUCUCUGUCAUCCUGUGUGCAGCAGCACCUUGUGCCCUAGAACUUCACAGAGUUUUUAAUGAAUGUGACCAGGAACCCUUCAUAAGGCACAGACAUUUUGUCCAAUAGUAGAUGCUGCAUAGAGAUAACUCCACAUAACUGAUGCCAUGUGGCACUCAAAAUAGCCCCAACUGUCUGAUCACUAUAACUGGGAACUAGAUCAAGCUGAUUGUGCAAGAUUUUUUUGUUUUGUUAUGUUUUAAUAAGGUUUAUACCAGGAGGUCCCUUCAUUUGUUCCUCAAAAAAAAAAGAGAGAGAGAGAAAGAGAUUUCUGGCAGUCUCCACCUACUGGGUCCACGCACAUGCCCAGACAAUCUCACUUCCCCUUGGUGACCCAGAGGGAGCUCAAGCUCCACUAUGCUGUAAAAAGUAAUUCCCACAGUUUAGGAUUUGUCUGCAAGUUGGAUUCUUUUCUAGCUCCCUGAACUGGUCUGGAAUAGACAUCUUCCUUUCCUUGCUGUUUCCUUUCAGUGCCAGGAUUCCCAAGUGUCUUCAUAAAACGGUCUUCUGACUUAGCCUAGUUCUUCCAGGGUUCCCGUGUCCCACACUGACUGGCCAAGCACUGAUCAUAUUGAAAGACAGAGUAAGGAAGGCGUGUGAAGGAUUGGCAGUAGGAAAAUCUCCAAGUAUAGACAUUAGAUUAUAUAUUAAUGAGUGUUACAUCAUAGUUUGUAAUUUAUAAAGGCUUUUAUAUGUACUUAAUGCAUUUAACAAAGCUGGGAGUUGGGCAUUGUUAUCCUUCUAAGGUUUCAAUUUCUUUGAGAAUACAGAGCCAGAAAAAUGCUAUAUGUUCUCAAAGGAACUGAUAUUCACUUUCCCUAAUGAAAACCAAAUAAAUGAAACUUCCUUUUCGUCUUCAUGCCCUGGUUUCUAAGAACCUCAGAUUCUAAUGUGAUGAAUGUUUGUGGUUAUUAUAUCAGCCUUUAUAGUUAGCAUGCUCUCUCCCUUUUCUUUGUUCUGAUUCUUCCUAGCUCCCCUUCCUCUUUUGUUUUUCAUUCAGUCAUUCCUUUAUUUUCUCAUAUGUACCUGCUUUCAAAACAUUUGAAGCAGAUUAUGAAAACUUAUGCCAGAUGGUAUCAAAAUAAAAAGAUUGCAUUAGAGGAAUGGAAAUAACAGAGUGGAAAUAUAAGAGGGCCCCAAAAUGAAAGGUUCUAACUUCCAAAUACAGCGACAUAGCCAGGGCUUUAGGAAUCUUAUCCUUAGCUACCUCUAAAAAGCUGGGAAAGAUAAUAUGUGUUGUCAUAUUUGUACUUUUCCUCUGAGUUAUGUACUUCCUAUGAAUUGUAUGGAAGUUUUCCCUACUCCCAAGUUAUACAGAAAUUUACCCAUUUUUUUCCUCCAGUACUUUUAUUAUCUCAAAAUUUUACCUUUAAAUCAUUGAUGCAUUUUGAGUUGAUUUUGAUGCACAAUGUGAACUGUAGAGCCAAAUUCAUUUCCACAGGGCUACCUGAUUGUUCCUACACCAUUUAUUAAAAAGUCCAACUUUACCCAUGCCUCUUCUAUCAUAUGCUAAAUUCUAUGUGUGUUUCUAUCCUAUAUUUCUAGGCUAUUCAGUUAUAUUAUUAUUGCUAGUUGUACA